AUCAGAGUCCAGACUUUAUAAAUGUCAGCAGGCGCUAGAAUGAGCAGUUAGCAAACAGCUUCACUGGUCGCACCACACCGCCACACAGCUUAGUGAGGCAGACUGAGCGCCAUCAGCAACACAAGCCCCCAUGGACCGACUGCUGUGUGACUGUGUGAUAGCUUUGGCUGUACUGCUGUGUGUGGCUACACAGGUGUUGUGCCAGCUCUGUGACAGUCCCUGCCUUUGCCCCGGACCUGCCCCCCAGUGCCCCUCAGGAGUCCCACUGGUGCUGGAUGGCUGCCGGUGCUGCCAGGUGUGUGCUCGGCAGCAAGGUGAGCCCUGCACUGAGAUGUUUCCCUGCGACAGCCAGAGAGGACUCCGGUGUGACUACAGCGCCAGCUUCCCCGGAGACCCUGGGGAGUGUAUUAGUCAGGAGGACCUUGGCUGUGAAGUUAACGGCAUCACUUACCAAGAGGGCCAGUCGUUUCAGCCCUCAUGUGACACUUACUGCCACUGCAGAGGUGGAGGGGUGAGCUGUGUGCCGGCUUGCCCUCUGCAUGGCCGUCUUCCCACUCCAGACUGUCCCAACCCACAACAUAUCCGGCUACCGGGGAAAUGCUGCAAGGAAUGGGUGUGUGAAAACCUCGAGAACACAGUCAUUCAGGAUGCUAUAACAGUAGCCAUGAGACCCGCCAGGUUGUGGCCAGUUCUCCUGAGGGAUCAUCCUCUAAACAAAAUAGUCCCACCUGCCUCUACAUGUAAAGAGCAGAGCACCCAGUGGAGUGCCUGUUCCCAGAGCUGUGGGGCUGGGGUGUCCACACGGGUUUCCAACCAGAACCCAGCCUGCAAGCUGCAAAUGGAAACUCGACUUUGUAAAGUGCGGCCUUGCCAUAUGGUUCAGCCUGCCACAAGGAAACCCAUGAGGGGAAGGCAGAGGUGGUGCAAGGCCAGCUACACAUCACCAGGUCCCAUUCGGCUCAUUCACCAGGGCUGCUACAGCACUCGUGCCUAUCAGCUCCAGUACUGCGGACAGUGCACUGACUCUCGCUGCUGCACGCCUUAUCAAACCACCACUGCUGAGGUGACCUUCCGAUGCCCCACCGGUAGACUGCUACAGCGAGCUGUGAUGAUGAUUCACUCAUGUGUUUGUCAUAACAACUGCCCAUACUCACCUUACAGUAACCCUGCUCUGUGGGGAUACAGGCCCUGAUGAGCACAGAUUCAUUCAUAAUAGUGAAGACUUCACCGACUGAUUCGUGGGCCGGACAGUGAGAGAAACCUUAUGCAUCACCAAGCAUCCCCUAACCAAUGGACCUUGAAAGAGAAAGUGAUUAUUGUAGAUAAAAACUGUGAUUGAGUUGGGAUGAACAUUGAUCUUUACACUUAUACAAUCUCAAUCUGCACUUAUUCAUAACUCCUUUAUACUGUUAUACAUUGGGAAGCCAUAAUACUGGUGAUUUUGACCUUAUCCAGGAAUUAAAAUUACAUUGCAAAUUUAGAGAAAGCAAGCAAGAAAACUUAAUUUACAGUAGAGCACUUUUUAAAGGAUAGAAGGGACAGAUAAUACAUAUAUAUACACUGUAUAUGAAACAAGAGGAAGUAAGUGUAUAACCCACAAAGUAAAAGUUAUUGAAAAAAGAAAACAUGUGGGUUUUAAGAAAGAUGUGCACUGAUUUGCCUACUCUGAGACUUUUCCUUUAGAGGUUGGAGGGCACAAUAACUCCUUUAAGUAGAUUACAGAGGUGCCUAGUCAUGUAAUGCCUUAUAUGAAGAGAAACUAAAACUAGUGUAGCGUGAUAUAUUUUUUUUAAGUUGUUGUUAAAAAGCAUUUCUGCAUGGUUUUCAAUCAAAACAGUAAAAAUUAGCUGAGGCUGCUAAACUGAUUCUUGCAAUAUUCCUUUGUUGGAAACAAAGCAGGACUGAACUGAUCUUAUGAAUGAGCUUAACAUUUAGAUUGGGAUCACAGGUUAUUCCAAUAUGUUUUUACACUGGGAUGGAAACUGUGGGCAAGUGGGCCAAUUACAUUUUAGAUGUACAACCGUAUCUGUGCCAAGAUUGUUUUUUUUUUUAUAAUUCAAACAGAUUUAUCUAACCUGAACUAAUAGAGGACAGUUGGCCAUGAUGUUAAUUUGGUCGUAACAUUAGAGACAUAUUUUCACUGUUAAACGCCAAUGUGUCUUUAAGAGCGAAUUUCAAUGACUUAAAAAUAUGUUUGAUAGGAAUGUAUGUCACAGUAUGACCCCAGCCUUUGUGUUGAAAGAUAUUGUUUCCUGUCGUAAGCAAUGCAACUUUUUACUUGUACAGUUUUGUUUGUGUGUUUGUAGUCAGAUGACAUUGCACUUAUUUCUUCAUUUUCUGUUUUGUUGUAAAUACUGGACAGAUGUGUCUUACAUAUAGUGAAACAUGUUGAAAUUUUUUACAUAUGUCCUGCAUUUUCACUCAAUGAUUUGUGUUUUUAUUUUUUUCAAAUUCUAGAAUUAACAGAUUUGUUCAGAUUAUUCACAGGCUUUGUACAUACCUGUUCCCAUAAUUUCACUUCAUCACUAUCAUUCAUCAAUAAUUAUUACACAGUACGCUUCUUCCUUUGCUGAUGAGCUACUAAAAGCUUGUUUGAAGCACACUGAAAUACACAGCACCAUCAGUAUUUCACAUGAAAAAUAAAGCCAAAUUAAUGAGUAGUAGUAUUACUAUUAACUUUUUCAAUUUUACCAUUUGGCUGCUGGAGGCUUUUCCAGUCAGACCAGAUGACAUUUGUGAGACAUCCUGACAUCUAGUGGACAAAAGAACAUACUGCGGAGACUGAGGACAUUUACGUUUACUCAUUUGGAUUUUGAGCAACAACAUACAAGCAUCAAUAAAGCAUCAUCAACCUUGUAA